AUGAAGAGGAUACACUCAUCACAAUCAUCCAAGGUCGAUUCGGCAAGUCAGAGGCCCCUGGAUCUAGGCAACAACAUCUUUUUGUUUAGCCCGUCGGUUUCCCACCAAGGAGAAGCCGCGCCGUCUGUUCAACGCAAUGGCGCACCUUCACCACCUAGCCUUGUGAUAAUCUGCACCUGGCUCGGCGGCGCAACCACCCGGCGCAUCAGCAAAUACGUGGCAGGCUACCAGGCCCGGUGGCCAUCCACAUCGGUGCUUCUAAUCCGCACCGUCAUCCCUGACAUGGCCGUGCGGUCCUUCGCGACCCUUCGCGCCCGCCUCCAGCCCGCCCGUGACGCCAUCGCCAGCAUCCUGACUCCAACGUCUGGUGAAGCGAACAGGAGAAGAGACGUCUUGUUGCACUUCUUCUCCAACGGCGGCGGCAACAUGGCCACUCAGCUCCUGAAAUCCACCGUCCCGUCCGCCCUGCGCGACCGACUGGGCCUCGUGGUGUUGGACUGCUGCCCCGGCGACGCCUCGUUCGGCAAGACCUACGGCGCCGCGCUCCUGUCCCUCCCGCCGUCCCUCUCCCCGCCGCUGCGGUGGGUCGGCACGGCCAUGACCUACUGCCUGGUGUCGGCCGUGCAGGCGCUGCAGGACGCCGGGCUGAUGAGCUCCGUACGCGAGCUCCGCGCCGAGCUCAACAGCACCUCCCUGCUCGGCGACGACGUGAGGCGGCUGUACCUGUUCAGCGCGGGCGACGGCAUGGUCGGCGUCGACGACGUCGUAUCGCACGCCCGCCAGGCGAGCGGCAGGAUCGGCGCCCACAAGGUCGGUGCCGUGCUGUUUCGGACCGCGCCGCACUGCGCCCUGGUUCUUGAGGAUGCCGAUCGGUACUGGGGUGCCGUCGUGGAUGCGUGGGAGGGAAGAAGGGAGUUGCCGCCUGUUCCGGAGGAGACGGAGGCGGAGAUACGGGCCAAGCUUUGA